CUAAACAACAACAACGGUGAGAAGCGACAACCUGAAUAGCUGGGAUGAAGAAAGAAGAAAAGCGAAGCCGUAAACGCAACAGAGGAAAAAAACUUCCCAAAAAAUCUUCUCCUUCUAACAUCUCCGACUUGAAUCAAUCUUCUGCUUCAAAAAAUGCUAUCUCAAAAACCAAAAAAUCUUCGUCUUUUCUCGAUAAGAUGAAGGCAAGAUUAUCAGGAGGCCACUUCCGUAUGCUCAAUGAAAAGCUCUACACUUGCUCUGGAGAUGAGGCGCUCAAUUAUUUCAAAGAAAAUCCAGAACUUUUUAAUGUGUAUCAUGCAGGGUAUCAAGAACAAAUGUUACAUUGGCCAGAACAACCUGUUAAUAUAAUCACAAAAUGGCUAAAGGAUCAUAGCCCUUCAUUAAUUGUUGCUGACUUUGGCUGCGGAGAUGCACGGCUGGCAAGAAGCCUGAAGAACAAAGUUUGGUCCUUGGAUCUUGUUGCAAAUGAUCCUUCAGUAAUUGCUUGUGACAUGUCAAAUACCCCCCUAGAGUCCUUGUCAGUUGAUGUGGCCGUCUUUUGCCUUUCAUUGAUGGGAACUAACUAUCCAAGCUUCCUUCAGGAAGCGCGCAGAGUUCUUAAGCCCAGGGGGUGGCUUUUGAUUGCAGAAGUUAAAAGCAGGCUUGAUCCAACAACUGGAGGAGCAGAUGCAAACAAAUUUUUGAAAGCUAUUUGUGAGCUUGGGUUUACCAUCGAGUCAAAGGAUUUCUCCAACAAAAUGUUUGUGCUGUUCUACUUAAAGAAAAAGGAAAACCCGAAUUCAGUAGAGAAGGAGCUAAAUUGGCCUGAGCUCAAGCCUUGUAUAUAUAAACGGCGCUAAGCUUGGUCAUAAUAUGGCUUAAGACUUCAGUGUAGUCCUGGUCCAAUCUGGAGAUGGUUUAAACUUGUCUCGAUCUCACUCGUUAUUUAAGCCCGUGCUCCCGAAAAGGGAAGGGAAGCUCUGCUCAGUUUUGCUACUUUUUAAAGUGAGGAAUGAGAAGGUCCUUGUGCCUUGUGGAAAGACCAGUGUUAUUAAAAGCACUCUUUUCUCGCUUACAGCAGUGAAGUGAUGAGUGAGGGGUUGUCUAUUUCAUGGACGGCGUUAUGUGUGUUUCAUAGACGUGUGCGCUUAAAACAAUGACACGCUGAUCCUACGAGAAGUGGUCAAUUCUUUAAAUCUCAAUUUUGAGUUGGAUUAAUAUUAGCAUUAUUGUAUAAUGGGUUCUGAAAUUAGUUAUUUAAAUUGAAAAUUUGAGGAUUAUAGUACUAAAUUAAUAUAUGCUUGAUACUCUUUAAUCUUUCUAA